AUCCGGAAACUUUUUUCGGUGACUCUUAUUCUUUUAAAAAGUAAAAUUUUAUUAUUGUUGAAAUAAAAAGGAAUUAUUGUAUACAUAAUAAAAUUUAUUGUUUAUUUGCGAAAUGGAAAUAAUAUUACUAAAAUAUUUAUUUUUCAUAUAGAAAGUUUGAAAUUGCGGUGAAAAUUGUUAAGAAGAAGAUUUUGUAAUGCGCGUUAAAUAUACCUAUAUGAACGACUGGUAAAAAUUGAAUUAAUUUUUAAAUAAAUUUCAUUUAUUAAAUUGAGAAAUAUUUUUAUUAAUCUAGUCAAGAUUAAUAUAUAAAUAGAAAUUAACGGAAUAUUUAAAAUAUAAUUAGAAGAAAGAAAAAAAAUGAGUGUAUUAAGCAGAUAUUUAAAUUGGUGCCAAACGAAAAAUGGACAAAAUUUCGGUUAUACAGCUUGUUUUAUUUCAAGUAUAGGAGUUUUUGCAGCAUUAUUUACUCCACAUACAUUUCUUCUGGAUAAACUUAUGAAUUUGGUACAACUUCACGAGCGAAAAAAACCAGUUGAAAUGCCUGAAUCAUUAAAAAAUCUCGUCAACGAUGUCUUUGAUGAUCUAAAAUUCGAUAAAACAGAUCGUGACGAUAUUAAAUCAUUUAUUGUUUGUCGUUUUAAGCCAUUCAAUGCUGGUAUGUUAGAUUCAAGAAAUGGCGCAAUUAUUGGUAUACCAUGGCAUUUUACAUAUGAUGAUUUAAUUGAUGUGAAAAUACCACAAAUUGCAAUUGAUAAAUUUCCCAUUGAUAUAACACGUUUUGAAACAGAGGAUUUAGCUGAAUCAUUAAUAUUAUCACGUGAGGCAAAAAAAUUUGCCAUUGCACGUGAAUUAUUAACAAUACGCGAUUCAUAUCGUUCAUUUGAUGCAUUUUUAGCGGCAGUUAUUAUUUUAAUAAAUUAUACUGUACAAUAUUAUAUUAAAGAAAAAUUUCAUCUUUAUAAAAAAUCAUUAUCAACUCGUAUAUUACUUUAUAUAGCAUGUGGUUUUAUAAGUUAUAUAAUUUAUUUUGGACAAAAGGAUUUUUUUUCCAAAAAAAGAGAGAGAAAUAUUGACGCUGAAUUGGCAAAAUUAAAUAAUGAUUAUUUAAAUGGUGGCCAUGAAUAUUAUAGUAAAUUAUUGACGUCAAAUAUUUUACAACGUCAAUUACUCGAUGAAUAUGGUGAGAAAACAUAUGAGAAAGAUGGAAAUGUAAAAUAUUCAUUUAGAAUAAAAUCAGUGCCAAUAACGGAGAGAAAAGAAUAUUUUGAAAUGAUUUUACAUCCUAAUAAAGAAACUAGUAAAGAAUAAAUUUUUCUUUUUUUUGUUCUUUUUUCCAUUAUUAUAGUCUGUGAAUAAUUUUUAUUUGUAUUUGAAUAUUCACUUUAUUUUACUAAAGUGAUGAAUAAAAGAAAAAAUGUUAAACAAA